AUGCAACGGGCCGGAGGAGGAGCGGCCGCAGCAGCAGCAGCAGCCGCCGCCGAGCCUGGAGGAGGCAGUGGGAGAGGAGGUGACAACGGCGGCGAGGCGGUUGCAGCAGCAGCGGCCUCUUAUCGGGUGCUGAGUCGCUUGCUGGGGUACGGCGGACCAGAGUCAGCUGCAGCUGGCUUGGGGCUGGGCAGAGGUGUUGUAGAGACUGCCGCUAUUGCAACUCGGGAUCGCGGCAGGGCGGGCGGGUUGCGGGGCUCGCAGCUUCUGGUCUUCCGCCCGGGAGAAACUGGGGAGACCUCGGCGGGGUCCCCAGCCGGCUGUCUGCCUCCGGCGCCGCCGCCACUGCCUCAGCCACCCCCGCCGGAGCUCCUGUGCGCUAGGCAUCGGUGUGCUCUCCUAGAUGCUCCGAAGGGCGAGCCGGGAGGGGGACGAUGCUGGAGCGGAACGCCGGAUGGCUUCAUUUUCCCUCCGGGAGCCGGCCUGGAGUUACAGCUGGCGGCUCUGGGACUUCACCAAGCACCUCCGACGGUGCUGGGAGGGCUGGGCAAGCCUCCGGGCGAUUGCUCCUGCAUGAGCCUCUUGCCUCAGCCGGCGAUGGCCCCGCCGCCCACUCUGUCCUUGUUGCCCCCGGGGGAGGAGACCAGCGACGCCCUGCUGGUGCUGGAAGCUCUGGGCCCUGACGAGGAGGACGAGGAAGAGACGGCUGCAGGGCAGGCCGAGCCCUCCAGCACGGAGAGCAGCCGCGUUCAGUUGCCCGCUGCAGCCGUCCCGGUGCUAGCUGCUGCUGCUGCUGCUGCUGCUCCUCCUUCGGCAGGCCCGGCACCUGCCGUUGCUACCCCCCGUCCCAGCUCUUCGGCCCCCUCCAGGAAAGGUUCCUUGAAGGUUCGCCUCAGCCGCCUUUUCCGCACCAAGAGCUGCAGUGGGCCAUCCUGCAACGCCGGGGCAGCCGCUGGAGCUCGUCGGAUCGGAGAUAGGGAACUUCUACAAGCCGCUGCUGCCCCAGCCCCCUCGGGCACAGCAGGAAGCCUCCCCGAUGUGUCUCAACCUGGCUACCGGGAGCAGGACUCGAGCAGAAAACAAAGACUGAUGCGAACACAAAGUGCCUUUUCUCCAGUUGCUUUUGGUCCCCUCUUCACAGGUGAGACAGUAUCGCUGGUAGAUGUUGAUAUCUCUCAGCGUGGCCUGACGUCCCCACAUCCUCCAACACCUCCUCCUCCUCCACGGCGAAGCCUCAGCCUUCUGGACGAUAUCAGUGGGACACUGCCUACAUCUGUCUUAGUGAAUCCGAUGGGAUCUUCAUCGCUCCAGUCUUUUCCUCUGCCUCCACCGCCUCCACCACAUGCCACUGAGGCAUUUCCUCGGAUACUGCCAAUCAGAGCAUCCGAAGCGGUACACAGUCAAUCUGCACAGCACCUUCAAUGCCCCCUUUAUCGGCCUGAUUCAAGCAGUUUUGCAGCUAGCUUACGAGAGUUGGAAAAAUGUGGAUGGUACUGGGGCCCCAUGAACUGGGAAGAUGCCGAGAUGAAGUUAAAAGGGAAGCCAGACGGAUCGUUCCUGGUUCGCGACAGCUCUGAUCCUCGCUACAUUCUGAGCCUCAGCUUUCGAUCACAGGGUAUUACCCAUCACACUAGAAUGGAGCAUUACCGAGGAACCUUUAGUCUGUGGUGCCAUCCGAAGUUCGAGGACCGUUGCCAGUCUGUGGUGGAGUUCAUUAAACGUGCUAUGCUGCAUUCCAAAAAUGGAAAAUUCCUUUAUUUCCUGCGAUCGAGAGUGCCAGGUCUCCCUCCAACUCCUGUCCAACUUCUCUAUCCAGUCUCUAGGUUCAGCAAUGUCAAGUCGCUACAGCACCUCUGCCGGUUCCGGAUAAGGCAACUGGUCCGCAUCGAUCACAUUGCAGAACUCCCACUUCCCAAGCCUCUGAUCGCAUACAUUCGCAAGUUCUACUACUAUGACCCUCAAGAGGAAGUGUACCUCUCACUGAAGGAGGCCCAGCUGUUUUCCAAACAGAAACAAGAAGCAGAUUCCUCUACGUAGGGAGAGUCCUUAUCUAUCAUGCUGCUGUCACUGAUGGUAAUAUAGUGUUGUAAAUUAGAAGAUUCCUGUUUUCUCUCUUUUUUUCUCUCUCUCUCUCUGAAUCUUAAAGAGUUUUAGUUUGAUUGUCCUUUCAUAUCCUGUACUGGAAGCUUUGCAUAUACUCUACAUUAAAACAAUAUAUAGUUUCAGAUGUGUAGUUAAACACAGUUGUAUUCCUAGGUAGUCCUGGACUUAACAACUGACUUAAUAAUUGAGACCAGAAUUUCCCUUGCUAAACAAGGGAGAUGUUAAGAGAGUCAUGCUGAUUUUACAACCUUUCUUAAGCAAAUCACUGCAGUGAAUUCACUGUGAAUUCAGCUUCCCACUGACUUUGUUUGUUGGAAGCCAGCUGGGAAGUUCGCAAAUAGCGAUCAUACGACCCCAGAUGCUUCAGUCCUUGUAGUAAAUACAUGGUAAUUGCCAAGGACUUAAAUUUUGAUCACGUGACUGUGGGGAUGCAGCAACUGUUAUAAGUGUGAGGACUGGUGGCAAAUUACUUUUUUGAAUGCUACUGUAAUUUCGAACAGACAUUAAACGAAUGGUUGUUGUUUGAGGACAACCUAUAUUUGCUCAUUUUCCAUAACAGAAGCCUACUCAUCUGCUUAUCAAAAGUUUUUCUUGAAUCAGUAUAAUGCAAGCUUCCCUUGGUAACUUUGGAUAUGUUGAAAGGCUUACAAUAAUAAGAGCUAGAAUGUGCAUUUUGAAUUUUAAAGCGAAGUGAAUAUAAGAAUUCAAAACCAGUCCGCAAGUACCUGUUAUAAGUACAGACCACAUCUAACAUUGUAAUUCAAUCUUGGAUAUGCAAAAAGAAAGAAAUGAUACAUUUUUGUCCUUAACUAUGUCUAAAUUUAUGGAGGGGGGGAGGUUUUACCUUCCACCCAUCUUUCUAUUUCCCAUCUCCAAAUUAGGAAAUGGGUCACCAGUAUCCUGUAGCUGGGGAAGUUGCACUGGAAAAGACUCCUGGUGUUUCCUUUCUGGCUGUCUUGGGCCUCCGGAAAAGAGUCCCAGGCUUGAACAGAAGCACAACUGUGCACAGAAACGGGCACCAUGACCCCAACUGGUUCCAAAAAGAAGUUGGAAUCCACUGAAGCUGGACUGUAGGCUCCUGAAAGGAUGAAGAAUGUUAUUUUUCUUGUCAAAUUUCUAUUUUUGGGGUGUUUAAUUUUAUUUCCAUGUUUUCCAACAUGGGAAAUUGUGAGCCAGUUUAACGUUUUGUUUACCUUUUGGCAUUCGGGGAUGUGGAGGGUCAGAUUGCCACCAUCUCCAAGAUUUUAUGAGCAAAACCUGCUCCCAGUUCCAGUGUCUUUAAGAAUGCUGCUUUUAUAAGAAGGGCCUGAACUCAAGAUGCAUUGAGUUCAAGCUGCAUAAAAUAGUUGCUUUGGGAGGGUGGAGCUUUUCUUUACCGGAGGUAUGUCAGCUGAAGCUGGAUGCCUGUCUGUCAUGGGAUUGCAUUGUGGGUCCUGCACUAAGUUGGAUUUCGCAUAUACUCCCUGUUCCAUUCCACCUUUGGAAUUCUGGAAGGCCAGAAUUCGGGUGGUUUUGGACAGGGAGGCAAAGAAGAGUAAGUCGAAAUACAACUUCUUGCUCAACUUUGAAAAAAGUUGGAUAGCAUUUUGGGUUGAGGGGAAGGGGGAUGGGAAGGUACCAGAAUAUAAGUUUGAUUAAGCAAUGGAAAAUUAGCCAGAUUGGGGAAAAUUGCUUUUGCCUUCUGUUUGAAUGCAAAUGGGACACGGGUAGCAAUGUGGAUGGUUUCCACUACAGAGGCCAUCAGCCUUUGAAAAUGGACAGAUCUCUCCCACUUAUUUUAUUUUGCCUUUCUUUCCACUAUAUUAACACUGGAAUUCAUCAACACUGUUGUAGCUGUUGUGAAAACAUUGGUAUAUCCCCUUUAGGCAGAAAUGAUUAGCUGAAGUCAGUCCCGGUGUUACAUGGGGCGUCAACCUCUUGCCCUUCUCAAGAAUGGAAAGCCAAGAUGGCAAGAUAGCAAGAGGCUUAGAUGAGCCAGAAAAUAAGUUAUCAAAUAAAAAAGGAAGGUUUUUAAUCAAAUAAAAAAGGAAGGCCUCUGAAAUCUUCUUAAUGUGAGGCAGUAAAUUUUGAAGCACCUUAAUCCUAUAUCUUACUUUGAGGUUGAGAUAAAAAGUCAGGAGUAGAAAUUCAUGAUCCUCACUUUUUCUCUAAGCCCAGAAAAAUCACUUUUUGGAAGAAAGAAUUGCCCCAGCAAAAUUCAAACCAUCUCUCCAUUAUUGAGAAGUAUUUGCAACAUCCACAAAAUACAUUGCCCUCUUUAUAUGUGAUAAGUCUCUUGCAUAUGGUAGUUUAAGGUAUUUGGUGUAAAUUUCUUGCUGACAUUUUUGAAACCUGUGGUAACUUAAUAAUUUAUUAUAAUUUAUUUAUUGUUGUUAGGUUGAAAAGCUUGUUUCAUAUUCUUGAACUCAUUUGUCUUGGAUUCAGCCUCUAUUCCCUG